AAUCUGCUGAGUGCUGUCACAACAAAAAACCAAACGUCAAUAGGUAACCAAAAGUUGUGUUUGUAUUUUUCCCUAUAUGAUUUUUCAAAGUUCUGAAAGAAAAUAAUACUUACAAAAACAACAAUGAGCACUACAGAAUCACAUGGUGAUGACUGGGAUCUACCAUGUUCAGAUGACGAGCUAUCCAAGAGUGGUGUGUUCAUCGGCAAGAACUGGAUGCCUGACCCUGCUGAAUUAGAAGAACUGUACAAGGCUGUCGAUAAAACAGGAACUGUUACACUGGAAUGGAAAUGCCCUGGGAGGAGGCUUCCCUCCCCCGUGCCGGUGAGCAAAGAAAAUCAGCCUGAAAUUCCCGCGUCGCCAAUAAGAGAAGAAAAAUCUGAUUUUGAUUUUAUGGAUGAAGUGAGUUCGUUGCGUUUACGAGUGCGCAGCAAGGGAGAGGACACUCUGAGAGGAUCUGCUAAGAAGAAGACUACCUCGUUCGACGGCAUUCUGUCGAACAUGAUCAGACACAAGCGCAUAGAGCAGAUGGAGAAGCAAGCCAACACGUCUCCAUCAACACCGUCAUCUAGUGGCAGUUGAUUAGAGGAUGCAAGUGAUGCUAGUGACUAAAGUGGACUCUGUGGAAGGAAUCAUCAGUAUCAUUGACAUGUUGCGUUGAACUCCUUGAGUGUUUGAACAUACAAUCUGGUAUUUACUACUAUAAACAUAUACAUAUUCUUUAUCAAUAAUGUUCAAUAUUGUAACCAGUUAAUGAUAUUAUAGAUUUUGCACUGCUUGAUUUAAAAGUAGAGGACUGCUUUUGAUAGGUAUAUGACAUGAGGGUUCAGUUUUAUCAGAUACAUAGAAGUGAAUUUGUCUUGUCAGGACUCAUGUUCAUAUUUAAGUGGUUAGGAAUUAAAGGAUAUCAACAGACACAAAGGAACACACACAAUAGUAAUUCAGACAGUAAACUAUUCAUUAUUUAAUUUCUUAUAUAUAUUUACAUGAAACUAUUCUACAAAUAAUACAGAACUAUGCAGUCAUUAUAGCAGAUGUUGGGUUGAGCAGAUGUUCAUUUUCCUCCAGUAUUUCUGCACACGUGUUCAUGUUGUCUGCUAGGUGCUCCAGGGUCCAGUGCUUCCGGAGUAGAGCCAGGUCCACAUCGAACUUGCCUUGCCUGAUGCACUGGACAGCUGUGCAGUAGGCUGUGGACUUCAGUUGGACACCAAGGUCAUGAAUGAGGGUCCAGAAGUACUUCUCAUAUUCAUUCACUGAUUGUAUUUCUGUAAAAGAAUAAAUAAAUUGUUACUAUAGGUUAUUAGCAAACUGACAUAUUAUUAUAAAGGUUAUUAUAGCUUUAUGUUACAGAGAUAACUAAAUAAAUAACAGUCUCAAAUUCUUCUGAAUA